AUCACCCCACCUGUCCUUGGUUGCAGGAGGAGACAGGGCGGUGGGGGAGUAGCCAGGUCGCCGCCACCUGACCCUCUCCCCCCCCUGCCACGUCGCCGCCGCCCACCGCCAAGACGCCCUCGCAGCCACGCCCGCCCCCCACCCCGGCCCGCCCUCCCCUCCAGCCAUGGACGCCGAGAACAGGGUGGUGCUCAAUGUGGGCGGCAUACGGCACGAGACUUAUAAGGCGACUCUGAAGAAGAUCCCAGCGACGCGCCUGUCCCGACUGACGGAGGCCCUCGCGAACUACGACCCCAUCCUGAACGAGUACUUCUUCGACAGGCAUCCAGGGGUGUUUGCGCAGGUUUUGAAUUACUACCGCACGGGGAAGCUCCACUACCCCACCGAUGUGUGCGGGCCGCUCUUCGAGGAGGAGCUGGAGUACUGGGGCCUCGACUCCAACCAGGUCGAGCCGUGCUGCUGGAUGACGUACACGGCGCAUCGAGACACGCAGGAGACGCUGGCCGUGCUGGACCGCCUCGACCUCGACACGGACAAGCCCAGCGAGGAGGAGCUGGCCAGAAAGUUCGGCUUCGAGGACGACUACUUCUCCGGUAACCUCUCGUGGUGGCAGAAGACCAAACCGAAACUAUGGUCCCUCUUCGACGAGCCAUACUCCUCACAGGCCGCCAAGGUUAUUGGCGUAAUCUCCGUGUUCUUCAUCUGUGUGUCCAUUCUUUCCUUCUGCCUCAAGACGCACCCGGACAUGAGAGUGCCGGUGAUACAGAACGUGACGGUGCACACGGCCGAGAACACGACGGUCUGGACGCUGGACAAGAAGGCGACCAACGCUCACGAGGCGUUCUUCUACAUCGAGUGCGUGUGUAACACUUGGUUCACCUUCGAGAUACUAAUUAGGUUAAUCGCCUCCCCCAAUAAGUUCAUGUUUCUUAAGGCCUCAGUGAAUAUGAUUGACUUCAUUGCCACCCUAAGCUUCUACGUGGACAUCUUGCUCCAGAAGUUCGCCUCCCAUUUGGAGAACGCGGACAUCCUCGAGUUCUUUAGCAUCAUCCGAAUCAUGAGGUUAUUCAAGUUGACGCGCCACUCCUCGGGACUCAAAAUCCUGAUACAGACUUUCCGAGCAUCAGCGAAAGAGUUAACCUUACUUGUGUUCUUCCUGGUGCUGGGAAUUGUGAUCUUUGCCUCCCUCGUCUACUACGCCGAGAGGAUACAAGCCAACCCUCACAACGACUUCAACAGCAUCCCGCUGGGCCUGUGGUGGGCGCUGGUCACCAUGACUACGGUGGGCUAUGGCGACAUGGCCCCCAAGACCUACGUGGGCAUGUUCGUGGGUGCCCUCUGUGCCCUGGCCGGCGUGCUGACCAUCGCGCUGCCCGUGCCCGUCAUCGUGUCCAACUUCGCCAUGUACUACAGCCACACCCAGGCCCGCGCCAAGCUGCCCAAGAAGAGGCGGCGAGUCCUGCCCGUGGAGCACGUGAGGGCGGGGCUGGUGGCGCCGCCCCCCAAGCGCGGUGGUGGUCCCAACGCCAUGAACCGCGGCCCCGGACCAAAAAUGGUCGGCAUGGGCAUGGGUCUAUCUGUUACCUUGAAUCCCAAUGGCGUAGGCUUAGAGACGGCCCUCAAGGCCCCAUUAUUGUCUCAGUCGGGAGUGGGCGGGGGCCCCACCGCCCCCCUCCAGCCACUCUUCCCUAUUGCCACCAUGGCGCAGGUGGCUCUGGCGCAGCCCACCUCAGCCCCCUCCCAGCUCCCCCUCCAGCAGCCUCCGCCCACCUCCCGUCCCCACCGCUCCCCAUCUCCACCCCCUUCCCCAACUCGCCCUCUCCUGGGGUCAUCGUCAGGCUCCAUAGCGGGCCUCCGUGGACCAGACAGUGGACAGAACGCAGACACAGGCGCUGGGGACAGCAGCUCUCAGGGGCGGGACUCCCCGGAGCUCACCCCCAGCACCGUGUAGCCCCGGCGGCAGGAGCACCACCAGACGCAGCAGGCCCGAGGUGACCCAGUAGCCUCGGGCGUGAGCAGAGACAAGACGCUUAGCUCGUGUGACCAGACAAGAACACUGAGCCGGUUAGUGACGCGUGACGGUGCGUGUGACGACGGCCGAGCAGCCAGACACUACCGCGGCGUCCCUCGCCAGCUGGACGCCCGUGACAGACCUUGUACUGUGAUCCUUGUGUGUUACUUGUAUAACUAUUAUGUAUUAUUUUCAUUAUUUUGGUGUUCAGAAGACAAUGAUACUUCGAAUGCAAGACUCUUACCGCACUGUUUGUCUGCAUGUUUGUUGACACGAUUUUAGCACAUUUGUUUCCUCUCUCAUAAAGGACCAAACCGGAAGUCGAGUAUUUUAACGCUUCAUAUCUCCACUGUUUCCUCCUGUACCGCCGGCGGCCCCGCGCGGGGCUGCGCGGCGCGGGCAGCUAAGCACAAGCUCUGGCAGUUGUUGGCCGCUGCUGUUCUCCUUUUGUUGGCUACUUGAAGUUUCAUCUUUUAACCUGUCCUGUACUCUGAUGUUUCCACCCGCAGUCUCUUGAUAUAUAGAGAGGACCUAACACUACCAGCAACAGCCACUAAUGGAUUUAUAAGUAAGUGAAGUAUUUUAAUGAGCAACAUGUGCAUUAUAAAAGUCCAUAAUCAUAUUUAGAGGCCUAAGACUGUUAAACAUGUGGUACUUUGAGUAGCUCAGAGGGCAAUGUAUCUUUGGUUGGCAGCGAGGCGCCGCGCCGCCCCGGCCCCCUGUCGCCGCGCUCCGCCGCCGGGGGCCCCAAGGCGUCCAUUUUGUACCGUUUAUACAAGUAGCGUGACACUAACUAAAAUUGAGGAUAAUCAGACACCCCGUAACUAUGACAACUGUCUCCUAAACCCGCCUUGAGCUCCAGCAGCUCGCGGCGACGCAGGUCCCGGGGCGGCGCGGCGCUGCAGGCGGCGGGCGGCGGGCCGCCGUGCCCGCUGGCGCCGUGGACGUGGCCGCGGCGGCGCACGAGGCGGCGUCCGGGCCGCCCCGCACCCUCAACACUGUCGCGUCAGGCGUAACGAAUAUAAUCCUUUAAAUAAUAUAAAGUAAAUUUCUAUGCUAAAUAAAUAAGAAGUAAGUGAUGACUUUUUAUGCAUGUUUUAUAUAUACACACCUAAUAAUAUACUACUGAAGUUGACGAGUUGAGCGUUAGUGUGCUUGGUACCCUGACAGGAGGCCCGGCGCGGCCCCUCGCCCGCCGCCCCGCCGCCCCGCCGCCGCCCCCGGGAGCCGUGUUCCCGGCGGGGGCGGCGGCGGCGGCGGGGACGGCGCCGCCAGGAGUGUUGAAGGUUGGCGCUGAGUUCUUAAGCUUGUAGAGAAUGCAACUGUUAUAACGCAUCAUGUAACUACUUGCUUGUUGUAAUUAUCAUCACUGUAGCAAAAUUAUAUUUUCACUCAAUUACCAUUUUCCUGUUAGUCUCUUAUAGACACUAGGUUUCAGUUACUGAACAUAGUAUAGAGGACAUGCCUAGCCUGGUCAUCAUAUGACUGCAUAGUACAUACUGUAGGUCACGUGUACAGAGGGGCGCGGCAAGUGGCGGUACUCUCAGGCUUCUGUGGCGGCCUCCCUACCGUCACUUGAGCCCAUCCAUGCAUUGUUAAUAUAUAGAUCUUUAUAACGUAGAGGUUUGAUUUUUCUCUAGAUAUCACCCUGGCAGCACUGGGCGAGCGCACAGGGGGCGGCAAAAUCCAGGUAUUGUACGGGCAGCCUCCACCCCCCGCUAACUGUAGGCUGCACUCCAAGAUGGUGUAGCCGCCGGGGCCGGCGACGCCCGCCUCGGGGAGGGACGGCUCGUGGCUUGCACCCGCGUGUGUGUGUGUGUGUGUGUGUGUGUGUGUGUGUGUGUGUGUGUGUGUGUGUGUGUGUGUGUGUGCGUGCGCCUGUGCGUGCGUGUGUGCGUCACUGCAGGACCGCUUGACCGCCGUAUUACCACUCGUAUCACUCGUACGUUUAGCGACUAACAACAACUAGAUAAUCUCAUCAGACACAAAAAUUGAAAUGUAAGGGAAUGUUCGCCUUUAGUUUAUGAAUUAAUGCAUAUAAUAUGAUAAUUAUAUAUUAUAUAGUACGGUUUGUCUUCAGUAGCUUCUUUUUAUGCUUGUCAAAGAUAGGAAUAAGAAUAUCGCUACGUCUGUCUGCCGAGGACUCCCUUUGUUGCUGCCAGACGUGACGCCCGGGACGUGUUUGGCCCUUCAGACGCAGGUCAAAGGUUUCCUUCGUUAGCAAAAGCCAGCCGUCGGCGGCGCCCCACACGGCGGAGGCCUCGCGCCCCGCGCCCUCCCUCCCGCAGCCGCUCCGACGCGAGUGGUAACAUGGCCGUUCUCAAGGUGCCGUUGUCCGCUGCUGAUUGGCCGACGACCCCUCCAGGAGCACGCGCAGCGAGGGUGACCUGACCCUCCUGGCUUGUCGCAAGUGUCGGGAGCCGCGGGGGGCGCCUGGAGCCACUGCCCCCUGCCGCCGCCCCCUCCCUGCCCCCCGCCGCCACCCCUGCCGCAAGUCUCACCCCACGUUGUGCAACACUAACCAAAACUUGUUCCUGUGAUUAUCUACUUUCAGGUGAAUAUUAUAUUUUGUGACAAACAAAAAAUGGUUUUAUCAGUAUGUAAAUCAAGCAAUUAGGUCAUUCUUCUACUGCCUCUGUGGACGCCUGCGACGGAAAUUGAGCAUCCACAGCCAGACCACCUUCACAGCUUCAAAAGUAUACGCUUCCUGGGGGUGCAGUGAGCGAGGCAGGCGGAGCGGAGGUGCGCCCUCCCCUGCAUGUUGGAACUCACGGGACCAAACACAGAUGUCGCCACAUGAGGCUGGGACGUUGGGUUGCCAGAGAGCACUGUUAUGUAAAUCCUCCCUGAGAAGCAAGGUUAGCUAUCCUAAGCUGUCACUAUUACUGUAGAUUGUUGAUUUUCUAUUGUUAUUUUUUAUGCAUAAUAAUGGUGUUUAGUACUAUUAAGCUGCAGCAUAAAUAUUUGCUAUAUUGAUUUACAUGUGUAUCCAGAAUCAGUGUUACAAAACAGGCUAAAUUUUAUAAGUUUUGAGAUGAUUGAUCUCGGUAACCUAACCACGUUUAUAAGCUCAGGAGUCAAUGCACACUGGCCCAUCCUGGGAGUGCGCCACUCAUCCUGCUUAGGUAAAAAAAAGUAUAUUAUAAAAUGUACCCAGAAUAUGUAGAUUUUGCUACCAUGUUAUAAAUUAUUUAUAAUGUAUGUAUAUGCGUGCAGGCUCAUUAGCGACUAAUUGUCACGGACUGCACAACCCCGAGGUGGCUUUCAAGCAGUGAUAUCACAGGAUCAAAAUAAUGCUGAAGGUGUGCGCGUGCCGCGGGUGGCCGGCCCGUCAAGUUCCCGGGAGAGUGACGCAGGCCGGGGGUGGCGGCCCCCCGCGCCACUCCGCGCCGGGCGCCGCCACGAGUAGCAGGGCUUGGAGGGGUGGGACUUUCAAUAACCUGAUCUUGGUAGUUAGUGCGUUAAAUUCAUACAUGGUAAUGAGACAACAUGGCAUCGGUUUCUGGCAAAAUUAGACUCAGCAGGUCGUGGUGUGCAGGACGGCUUCCCAAGUUACGAGCCCUGCCUUCGUAAAAACAUUGGCUGGUGUAGGUAGGUUUAAAGGGGCGUUGUUAUGCGUGUUCUGCCCCGGUGUGUGAGGCUCUUGACAUGCUCGUUCUGGUAGGCGCUAUGACCGUUUACAGAUCUUGGCACGGAGCUCUGGGCGAGGCGGUAUCACUCGGGUUACACUGCGUGAAGGUGACGGGGAUCGUUCGUAAUGAUCCUAGUGGUGCCAGAAAGUUGAAUGGAAAUCUAAAAUCAUUAAACUUUUAUCUCAGAAUCAAAUCAGUGCCUUUUUUAGAAGGAAUUAUGUGGCUUGAUGUGGGCGAGACAGCCUGGAAUUACUGGUGAAUGUUUGGGUAUUGUUUUUAUUUUGUUGUUUUUGCCCUUGAGAUGCUACCUUCACAAAAAAAAAGAUAGCCGGCAGCCAGAUAUAGUUCGUUCCCAUGAUACAAAUUAAGUAGAAAGCAAUACUAACUUAACUAAGGCAAACAAAAGGCUAUUAUUAUUAUUAUUACUUUCGAGACAUUCCAAAAUCUCUGCCGCGAAUGAUGAUGAAGUACUUAGGCCAAGAUUCUGAUCGCGUUCAAAAGUGCGCGCCAGACAGCAACCACCUGAUGUGUCUUGCUCGAGGGGACGAAGAGAGCGCCAACACAACAGCCGCGGGGCUCAGGGAGACUCGCGAGCCUCGUCCAGCAUCGUUGCCUCUUAAAACGAUCUCAGACAUUGGCUCUAGACAGUGCAUAGACUAAGUCAAAUCCUCGUUUCUCAAAGUUCCCUGGAGGCCAAGAAGUGAAGAGGUGUGUCGUGAAGAGGGUCCCGCACGCUGUCUGGCCGAAAGAUGUAGAUGGGAAGGCAAGCAGACAGGUGGUGACGAUUGUGCUAGACGAGGGACGUAGAUGAACAGGUAGACUUGGUAGGACAGGUAGUGAUAGUUGUGUUAGACGAGAGACGCAAGGAGGCAAGACAGCAGGACAGGUAUAGUGAUGAAUGUGUUAGAACGAGGGACACAGGUGAACAGUAUACAGGUAAUGUUUGCUGUGUCUUCAGGAGUGAUUGAGUCAGAAAGGCGAGCAGGGCAGGUAUACAGGUAGGCAGGCCAGCAGGUAGGUGUAUUUGUGUACGGAACUAUAACGUUGGCAGGCAGGUCAGCAGACAGGUAUUUGUGUCUGGAAGGGUCACGCAGGUCAGCAGGACGACAGACAGGCCGCGUCACAGCCUCCCACGCCUCGGUCCCCGGCCACCCAGCGCCACACCCAAGGAUUAUUUUUUACUAUUUUUUCAUCAGGUUUCAAUGUCGUCAUUCAUUCGGUUUUAACGCCCAUGUACAAAACGAAGGGACAGCGCUUGCGUGUAGUUUCCUAAGAGAGAGAGAGAGCGAGAGCGAGCGAGAGAGAAGGGAAAUUAUAAUAGGGUGUGAACAAUCAAACUGAAAUCAGUCAGAAAACUUAAAAUAAUCAAAGUGUGACAGCCUAUAACUAUUUUUGUGAAGCAGUUUGUGUGGGGGAUUAAAAAAGGGAAAAAAAUUAUUCACCAACUUGACCUGUCUACACAUAUCCUGGUGUUAGGCGGGGGGUCAGGUCGCCGGCGGGGCCUCAGCGCCGGGACGAAGCUAAAGAGUAAAGAAUCUUAUGUACAUAACUAACAUAUACUUUCCCGUCCCGGCCUCCGCCCCGCCCCGUGAUGCUGGCUCCCCGCCCCUUACUCACGCGGUAAUGAAAUACAUAUUUGUGUCGCUCCCUGCUGAAGUGAGGCAAGCGACACAAGCAAACGAGAAAGUUGCCAUUGAAGUCGGGUGUUUAUGCACUUUUUCGAGGCAUAGGUGUGAAAAAAAAUUGACCAUAAUGCCAAAACGUCUGAAUUUUAGUUUGAAAAGUUGCCUCAGAACGCCUGAAAAGUUGGUCGAUGCGAAGCAAGUGAUAUAUCAAGAUCGACCUUCAUGUCCCUUAUCUCACUUCAACAGGGAACGCCACAUUCUGCCUCUGCUGUUUACACGUCUGUUGCUGCAUAACGCAUAACCAGAGUAUUUCAAAAUUGUAAAAAUCGUGGUCUGUAUACAAGCUGAAUCACAUCUGUGGAGCCGAGCACUCUGUUGCACCUUGUUAAGAAUGUACGUACUAACACAGUCACGAAGGGUAAAUCAAAAUCUAUAACUUGAUGAUUGUGAAGGGUUGCACCUCACCAAGUGUGUGUGUGUGUGAGAUACGCCGUAUAAGCCUAUAAUAUACCACUGGCCCGCGCGUCCCCCCCUCGCUACAGCCUUUAUCGAGAUCGUAUGCAAAGAAGAAAUGAAGUACGGAAUCAUAACAAAAGAACAUAGCACUAUACAUGAUCAAAAUCUAUAUAUAUCGUCACCUCCAUAAACGAACCGCCUUAGUCAUUGUUUUCUUCUACUCUUCGGGAAAUUGAAAUAGUCUCAUUUUUUUAUAUUUUGGUUUAUAAUUCAGGCAAAACUGUUAAGGCUAAUUUUAAACACUCACACUCUAGAAUAACAAAACAAAAAAAAGAAAUAUACCAAAAAAUGUGCUGCCGAAGUACCAAAAUAUGCCAAUUAUACCAAAUAUACAUAACAAAAUCUGCCAAAAAUGUGAUAAAAACUCAAAUUCACUAAAAACAAGUCAAGAAAAUCACCGAAAAAAUUACUUAGACAGUUUACGAAGGUGACGAUAUGCAUACAACUCCCAUAUACGAUGUUUGUGUGUUCGUAUGUUACACCCCGAAGCCUGCACCAGUCAGUCAUACAGUAUUAGCCAAAAAUACAACAAAUACAACAACAGGUGCACAGGUGACUAUAUAGCGGCCUGGCAGAGAGGGGAACACGGGCCAGGUAUGCGAGUCAGGUGUAUUAACCGAGGACACACCAGAUGUAUAAGCCCGAUUGUUGUUAUUUUGCGAGAUAACUAAACCCACUGGACCCUGGUGACUUUAUCCUUCUUCCUGGCCGGACUUUGGCGGACCAGGAGCGAAGGAAGCGUAGCGGGGAAGCCUGUGUCGCUGGAAUCAUCGGUUCAUAGCAUAUCUACUUAACCAUUUUUAUGCAUAGAAGUGUAAGGUUUCAUUCUAUUAAUAAUAAAUGAUAUCAAAGCUAC